CUCUUUAUUGAUCAUAUAUGUGCAUGUGUGUGUGUUUUGAGAAGUGAAUUACGUCUAGUAGUUAUGAAUUCAAGUUAAGAUUUUUCUGGGAUAAAAUUGUAGAAGUACUGACAUUUUUAAUGGGAUAUUAGUUAUGAUCUUUCAUAACAUCUAUUUUAUAAAGUAUACUCACCAAGUUCUAUUCUGUAAUAAGUCACCUCUUUCAAAUAACUGUACAUUUCUUGUUCUUAAUGUUGGUUGACUGUAGGUUACUGGGAAGUUGUUUAAUAAUUUUUUAAUAGCUCUCAUUAUACUCUGAACUUACUUAGCUCCAUGAUGAUGAUGAUUGAUGAAAGAUCUGAUUCCUUGUCUUGAAAGCUUUUGCUAAAAUCUAUUGCAAAAUGAUUAUAUCGGUGGAAGCCGUCCAGGAUACACAUACACCAACAAAGAAUAAUCAAAACUUCAUCCUGAAUAUAUCAACACUUAGAUUAUGGUAUAGACACUAUAGUUGUUGAACAUGCUAGUGAAUGUAUGGGUUGAAUAGCUUAUCGCAUGGUGUGUAAGCUUUCAAAACUAUAUAAAAUUACUAGGCUCGAGUCUCAGUUUGAAUAUCAACACUGAGAUGCAGAUACAUCCAGUUUAUGAAGGGCGUUAUUUUGCUAAAAACAUGUGUCCUAAAUUUCAUUGCUAACGUCCAAUUCUACAAAUUCUGUUGCUUAAUCCUGAUAUAAGCUCAGUAAGUUAUACAGAUCAUUUAGCUCCAUUAAAACCCCGAACCUACCUAAGUUAGACUACCACUGGAGGCACCGGACGGACGUUUCCUCGUAUGGGACUCCUCAGCGGUGCUUAUUUACAACCCCUCAAGCGGGAUCUUAGAGUCAUUCACCAUAAUGCAUUCCAUACUACAUGAAUUGACUGGUACCAAUUUUAUUUCGUUUUUUCCCUGUGUUCGAGCCCCAUUCAACUUCAUUUAAUUUUGGAAAUUUCUACUAACAACCACAUUUUCACUCGUUAACAAUAAACCUAAUCAGCGAUCUUAUUUUACUCAUUGAUCAUUGCUUUAAGAAUGACAAUAUCAUAAAUAUAUAACAUGGAUAAUAUCAAAUUGACAUUCAUUUUCUGCAUUUGAAAAUAGAAUUACUUGAAUACGUGCGGGACAGAGUUCUCAAACAAUAAUAUUGAUGGUUGAAAGUUGACUGGUUUAAACCGUGGUAGAUUUCAACUUUUUUAUAAUCAUGUAAUAAUCUUACAUCAUAUUGAGAUGUUUCAAGUAAAAAUAACUAGGACAUUAUAGUUUACAUUAGGAACUGAUCAUAGAAAACUGGAGGGCAUUUAUUUUUCUCGUCCUUGUAUGCGACUCUUCAGCAGUAGGCAUUCUACCAACGUGAUCGAUUCCCAGGCCAUCAGGACUCAUGGUAAGCGCCGAAUCGGUAUCUAGUACUUAACGUUUCUAGCAACAAUCAAUUCGCGAUAUUAGGAUAUAAUCCCUUCGUUCCGGUAUUGACCGGAAUUAAAAGUAUAUAUAUAUAACCCUCGGUUUUCCUUGUCUACACGAAUGGGACGUUAAUUUGCCUUAGGCGGAUUUCUACACUAGAUUCCUCAACUUCGUGGUUUGGUUGAAGUUGGACAUUAACACCGUUGGAUGCCGACUCAGUGGUCUAGUUGGUUAAGCGCUUGGCGCGGGACUGAUAGGUCCUGGGUUCGAAUCUCGCGGGGGGCGGGAUCGUGGAUGCACACUGCUGAGGAGUCUGUUGAGGCUAAUGUCCUCAAUAUCUGACUCCAAUAAAUAAUAUCCCGUAAACUGAGUAUUUAAGGUAGGCUUAAUCUCCUAGUAGAAUUACGGAUUUACUCGAGAUUAUUCAGAAGCCUGAACACCAGUUGUAGAGAUAAUUUAUUGUUAAUGUUUAAUAAAAAUCCGCAAGCGUACAGCAAGCAAGCACACAGUGAAGCCAAGUAAAAAUGAUGCGCAGUGGAGACGGCUGGUAAGCCAACUCAUUUUUAGUCAAGCGUUACUCAAUAUUUAUAGUCAAACAAAAAUAAGCUACAGACAUGUGAUGAAUGAGAUGGGAAGUGUACACACAUAUGCGCUCAUAUAAAAACAGUGAAGACUGGUAAGCGAAUAAUUAAUAAGGUCAAAAUAUGACUCAAGUAGAAUGAAUAGAAUGGGAUGUCCGAAAACUAGAAUAAGGUAUAUGGGCUUAACAUAAUAACUGACACUACGAGUCCCAUACUAGGACGAAACGGCCGUCCAGCGCUUCCAGGUUUUCCAUGGUGGUCUAGCUUCAAUUGACUCAUGAUUUCAGCCAGUGAAUUAAUAAUAAUAGUAAUAAUAAGGAUAGGAGGAUGUAUAGCUCAUCUAGUUACCUAUCUGACUAUCUACAGGUCUGACUAAGAAAACAACCAAUUAUUAUUAUCCGCGCCCACACAUCACCACCCUCGUGACGUUUCUUCGUAUGACUUCGCCUUUUGGUCUAUUUGAAAAACCUCGUUUUUUACGUUCUCUCGAUGACCAGCUAGCUUCUGAUUUCCACUUAUUUCAACUUGUGGUAGUUGUGGCGGAAUAUUAAAUGUAUCACAUAAUAUUUCUACUGGCCAAGGUUUGGCUUUAGAUGACUCACUAAAUUUUUUUUUAUCUCACAGUUGAUUUACUUGCCUAAUAAUUAGUGUAUUUUCAACCAUCACUUCACACAAUACCGUCCCACGUCUUUUUGUAUACACCCAAAUAUCCAUUUUGGCUUUCAAGGCCAGAAAUCGCGUGCAUAGACUAAGUCACCUGCUGUUAAUUCUCGAAUCUCCGGGACAUUCCCUUUCUUAUUUUUUUGUAGUCCACUCAUUCUGUCUUUCGAGUUCAAAACAUCGCGAAAUGUCCUAAUUGGUCGGCUAAAUAUUUAGGCUGGUGAUUUUCCUUUUUGAGAGUUUGAACUAGGUGUAAUUCGAUUAGGAAUUAGAAACUGUUUCAGAGUUUCUUCUACGUUAUCUUCUCCCAUCUUUAUGAGAGCUCGCUUAAGAAUAUCAACAAACUUUUCUGCUUGCCCAUUUGACUGAAGGUGAUACGGUGAGGUUCUAAUAUGUUCAAUUCCAUUUUGUUUACAGAACUCCGCAAACUGACGACGUAAACUCUUUUCCGUCAUCUGAAACCAAAAAUUAGGUGUUCCAAACCUACCAAAUAGUUGUCUGAGAUGUAGCAGUUUCAGAUGUAGACGGUCUUCGUACUAAAUAGAUUUCAGGCCAUGUAAAGUAAGAAUCUACUACUACCAAAAAAUAUUGCCUAUUUAUUGGUCCAGCAUAGUCGAUGUGUACUCGGACCCAAGGCUUGUUCGUCUCUGGUCAUGGCUGAGAUUCGUCUUUUGGUGUAUCCAACGGUAGAUCCCACGAACCAACCUUACCCAUCCAAUCAAUACCUAAUAAGUUGGUAUGACAGUUCACAGAUAUAUAACAUUUUCCGGUCAUAGUCUUGUUACUCAAUGUGAGAGGUAGCUGCAUUUCUCCAGGAAGAGUAAUAUUAGUUUUGUGGCACUCUUAGCGUUAUGAUAUGUAGGUUGAUAUUGAGGUCCACAAGUUUUAUCCAAGUCUCUCUAGAACUUAAUGUUAUGUCAGACCCCGUAUCAAUUUGCAGCUUAACAGGUUUACCACUAAAAAUGAUAGUUACGUGUACCUCCAGUUAAAUGAGAAUUGAGCAUAAUUUGUGGCCAGGACAACACUCGAACUAUGUAGUAUUUCUUUUGACGUCCGCGUCAUAUUUCUUUUACGGAACUUAUACUGACGGUCGGCAAUCUUUGGCCUACUUUUACAACAUACUUGAGCAUGACCAUAUUUAUCACAUCGGAAACAAACUUUUUAAAAUAGCAAACAUUACCAAAAUGACACUCGCUGCAUCGGCAACAGGACGUUUGGGAUUUCAUUUGAUUUGGGAUUCACUGGUAGCACGAAUCCUUAUUUCCAUUAAAAGAUUUCCACAAAGCAUUAACUUCCACGUGUCUGCUGUUCCUUUCUACGACGUUUGUAUCAUUCUUCAAAUUCACUAUUCUUUGACAUUCUUCUGAUACUAACUGCAGACUGAUAUUAGGAUCUUGUUCGAUCCUCGCUAAAAUCCGUGUUCUGAUGUCCGCAUCCACUGCAGAUUGUAACCCACAGACAAAAAUAAGGUAUUUAAACUGAUAUGAAGACAUUUCCUGCAAACAAAACUCCUCACAUUCCCGGUCUACGAUGCUUGCAUACGUCACAUAAUCGUCCUGUAGCUUUUUUACAGUGUAAAUUUGUCUGCAUCCGAGUUGUCAACCUGAGUACCGUUCAAUUAACUUGAAACAUGUAGAGAUGAUGCAAGUUUAGUAAAAUAAAAUAAUUUUGCAAAACUGUGGUAUACUUUAACGUUUAAUUUAACAAUUGUGAAUGAUGUUUCAGUUUGUCGAUCAUCCGACGUUUCUGACUGAAAUGACUUUGGAGUAAUUGCUCAUUGGUGUUAAAACCAUUUAAUGAGUGCUGCUGAAGUUUGACGCAGGUAUUAGGCAAAGAUGACAAAUUGUUCGUUGAGGUAGUGAGUCUUCAUCAACUGAAGUGAUCGGGACAUAUGUUACGCAUACUUAACCUACUACUUUGUUGGUUGAUUGUGGUGCAGAUUGAAAAAAAUCAAAAGGUGGUCAAACCAAAACAUGGAAGCAGUCAAUAAAGUUAUUCGCUAUUGAAUUAGCCCAUAUUAGUAGGUGAAAAACAACAUUAUCAUAAUCAGAUUAAUUAUCGUAACCAUUGGGUGGCAUGUCUCUUUAUCGACCACAAUGGUGUUGAUACACUCAUGCCUUAUCUUCUCUUCUAUCUUAAUUUUUAAGAUCAUUUUAUACGCAUACUUCCACAAAUACAUUCUCUCUUUUCGAAUCAUAUUGCUUAUUGUCAUUAUUGAUACCACUAGUAAUUUUUACUACUCUGUCAUUUGUCAAGGUAAUUUCUUAUCACUUUAGUGGUAUGGUAUUGUAACUUGAACCUAAGAAUAUAUGUCUUGAAUUUUACGUUGCUUACAACUGACUCACUGUGUUAUUUAUGAUCUGUUUAAACUUGAUAAAACCCCACUAUGAACGUAAAAAAAUCCACCGUCUACACCCACUGUAUAUAUAUCAUCGGUAAAAUGUAUAUAAACAAAUGGUGAAUAAACCAUACAUCAUCAUUUCUCCCUUUACUGCCCUAUCAUUUCUAUAGUUGACCAUUGAAGAUAGUUGCUAUUAGAAUCUGGGCAAUCUCUGUUCAUAACUAUAUUCAUAUCUUUGUUCUUUAAUGACAGAGUUAUCGUCGAGUAGGUAAUGUCCUGGGUUAUUCUUGAGUUUUAAUUAAAAUAAAAAAUGAGUCCGUUUAUCAAUUUUUGAAUGUUUUUGGCCAAGUUAUUAAAUUGUCUUUCUUGAUAUCCUGUGCUAGCUAUAAAGCCGAAGUACAUUAAAAGAAUAUAUAAUGAAGAAGUACUUUGAUAUGGUCACCCCUAAUCUGGAAUUGUGUUACUUACUAGUUAUCGUAUUCGUGAGAUGUACAUGUAUCGGCUGUUUAUCAUUCAGUCUCUAUUCAUGUUGAAAAGUAUAGAAGUAAUGCACAGCUUUUCUGAAUAAAUCAGAAGCUAUAAGUGUUGUGAUGUGCAGUGUCCGAAAUCUGAUACUGAUACACGGUAAGUUACGCGCUAACCACCCAACUGACUACUUGAACGAGAAUACAAAAGUGAGCGAGAAAAUGUGUUGAACUACUGAAUAAGAUGCAUGAAUACUCAUCCAUAUAUAUACCAGUCUAUCCUUAGAAAAUUGACCCAACGAAAUCCGCUUGACCUUUACGUCACUUCUGAUUGCUAUCGAUUGACCUUUUCAUUAGGCUACUUCUGAUGGGUACUCCAUAUCAAUAAGGAUUGAGGUAACAUUCCAAGUCUUUGUAUUCAAAAGAAAUUUGUAACACUUUAUUUCUUCCUUAAGCCAGAUUUAACCUAACAACACAAUUUUACUUAUUUUCCAUACCAUUCGUCUGCUUUUCCUUAUCCGUUCUUCGCAUAUAUACAUCACUAUCUAGUUAUUUAAACACCUCAUAUUACUCAAUGCCAAUAAUUUUCAAUGGAUGUUAUUUAAAAUGUCUAUUUUUCCGAGUCUUUGACCCACUAUUUAUUAUGAAACAGUGAUUUAAGCCUCUAUUAUUCUUAUCACAACCUGUCAUCAAACUACGAUUGGUUUUCGUCAGCUACUCACGACCUGUAAUGUUUAAAAAUCAUGGUUACAAUACGGGUUUAAACUACUUACAUGAAAGAGUUUAGUUGGAAGCUGCCAAACUCUUUUAUGUGAUUUAUUUAAAAUCAUAUUGUUAUUACGAAUUUUGAAUAUUACAGGUUGUAAGCAGUCGUCGAGAACCGAACGAAAUAAAACAAAUUCAUGAUAUUCCGUUCAAAUCUUUAUUCUUACUCUUCAAGAUGAUGAAGGGAACUAUGUGUUUGGAAUGGCUAGUCGCUUUUUCGAUAAAUGCGUUGCGAUCUCUCUUAUCCACUCAUUCCUUGUUCUCCAAUUACAUCUGAAACAUUGUGUUUACUUUAUCCUGUAGCCCAUACUUUAUAUUCCCAUUUUGUAUUGGAUCACUAGAAUUUUCAUUUCUUUGUUAUUGUUCCAUAUGAAAUUUACAUAACUCGCUGACUUUCAUUAAGAAACUAAUAAAAAUCGUGAAGCAGUGGACACUUGUUUCAUGUUAUGAAAUAGUAGUAAUUAUCAAGAAACCAUUGACCUAUGUUUCGUGCUCGUUGUCACUCAUCUGCAAGGUACACGCCUGCAAUCUUGAUAGAACUGACACUGCCUUUGGGUUUCGAAAUCGCAUCAUCCAGCUUCACAGGAUGAGAUGUUACCACUGAACUGUUCUAGCAGCGACUAAUCUUCCUCUAGAACUGAGAUAUUUACAAUUGACUUAUCACUGAGUGAGAGAUUAGUGAGUGACGGAUUUCAUAUUUGCCUAGUCCGUUUACGUUAAUCGAAUUCUUUCUACUGGUCACAUUGCAAUUAAAUCGAUAGAAUUAAUAUCAGAUAUAAAGUAUUGUGACUGAUCUAAUUGAUAUACAUUUCUACCACAUAUCAGAUCUCAUCUUGUCGUAUGUCCUUUCGUCUGUCUGACUGCCUAUUUCGUUCACUUGUUUUUUUUUUCUUUCUAAUUGAUCUAUAAUGAUAUUCUAUAUACUAAGGUUCGUUUACAUUGAGCAAUGAUAAUUAUUAAUAAUCAAUCGUUAUAUCACACAUGCAUAGUAAUAAAUAUAUUCACUGUAUAUUAUGUCGAAUAUCCUGUCUGUGUACGUAUAUGUAUAUGAAAAAGCCACAUGAUUUGUUUAUUUUUAUUCUGUUAAUUUCCAUGUCUUUAGUUUUAUAAAUUUUCCAAAUCUUUUUAGUCCUAUGACUAGAUAUUUUUAUUCUAUUUUUAUCAAUUUAUUGAUUCACCUUCAUUUCCCUGAAUCAGUGUGUUUUAUAUAUUUAACGAUCGAAUUUGUGAAGUUGGCCAACUGUUUUUCUUGAUUAUUGACGUACCAAUCACGACCAAGGAAGGGACACUUCAAAGCAGUUAUGCCACCGUUAUUAAGUCUAGAUUUCAACUACCAACUGUAUUAUUAAAGUUUAUUUCAAUGAAGAAAACAUCAUUAAAUACUUACAACGGUUUGAAUUGCUGAGAAAAACACUCAUUUGUGAAAGCAAUUUUAAAGAAAUAACAAGAUAGAGUAAUACUUCGAUUUUUGUAUUUAAGCACAUAAACAUUGGUAAAAAGGGGCACCAAUCAUAUGUGGGUCACACAAACCACUGACUUUGUGUCUGGGCUAGGAUACUGCCCGGGUGCUUAAACCUAAGCAGAUAGUUUUCUUAGAGAGUCACUCACUGAACUUUUGACUGGGAGGUCUAAUCGAAAAGGCAGUGGAACAUGUGUCUUUAUGGCCCGAUAGUUACAAUAAUAAUAUAUAGAUCAAAAUAAAGCUUAUAACAGGGGGAAUAUGGAUAUAGAUAAUCUAGUUACUGAAUAUUUAUACCAUAGGAAUAUAUAAGCAAUAUUAGUCCAUUGAUAGGUCUCAGAUGUUACUCGUAAUAUAGUCUUCACUAAAAUAUAACAGAACAGCGUUAGGAGACGCGGUCCUAUGAUAACCGGUAACCAAAGAUAGGUUCAUAUACCACUUGCUCUCUCAGGAUCCUGUAACACAUGUCUACCAUUUGUUUGGAAUCAAGGUUUUCCAACUCCCCUAGGUGGAUGCUCCGUAUCUACUAACCGGGUAUUUGCUUUCCGCUCCCUCAAUUUCGCAGACAACACCCCCACCAUGAGAAGGCAGUAGAACUUCCGUGGCAUUAUUUAUAUACAUUUGGUCAUAUGAGAGAGCAUUUCGAGGAGGAGAGUAGACUCUAUAGGGAUGGGAUAAAGUUACAAUUAGGGUUAAAAUGAGCGGUCAUGAUAUAUUAACUAACCUUAAACUAUAGCGUUUAAGAACCUGUAGUUAACUUACAAAUGCUCCCUAAUCAUGUACAAACAAUAAUGUCGUGAACUCUAAGAAGAACACAUUUGUAUUAUAUUUCGGGUAUGUAUGAUCGGGUCAUAAUUAUAUGAGGAGUUCGAUGAUCUGAUCUGAGUAUUGAUUAAGUCACCUAAUUUUUCCAUAUAGACCCGAUGACACAUUAACCUUCUUCUAACUUGUUGGUCCAAACUUGUGUAUAAUUUUCUACAAGUGGGACCAAUAGAAUUUAGGACCAUUUCAUGGCUACGUGAGUUAUACUAACUUUUCAAUAAUCAAUUAAUCUACUGUUUUUUGAGUUAUUAUCCACACGUAUAUUUGACGUUUUCAUUGUUAUCUUGUAAGAUCUAGAUUUUGUCUACAUCAUUACCAAUUCGAUCAUAAUCGAGUCAGAUAUUGGGCACUAAACCAGUCCUAUGCAGUUAUCUGUAAGACCACGGUUCCAUAUAAUUGGAAAAACUACCUCCAUUUUAUCCAUCCCCACUCCUUGUGUUGGCAGAUGAUGCAUGAUGUGGAAGUCCCUGGAAUGAGAUUCGUAAAAUAUAACCAAGCCAUCUAAGUGUUUCGAAAAUCAUGACACUAAUUGAGUUACUAUCCCUGUGCCUUGAACUAUACAUUAUCAAACCUUGUCAUGACCACUAACCUUGAGGUUUGGUUGUCAUUUUUUUGCCGAGUAGUUAUCACAAACAAGCAUUUUUAUCCACACGGAUAAUUUUAUUUUGUUUAUUAAUCAAUCAUCAGUGUCCAAUCUUCCAACCAACUAUUUCAUGAAAAUCAAAAAUUUCUGUUUCCUUUCCAUAUCACAGAUAAAUAGUCUUUGUUAGGUUGUGAUAUACGUGUCGGCAUAUAUUUCAUGCAGGUGUAUAUGAUUCAAAGUUUCUUGUAUCACUUUAUCUCGUCUUCUGUUCGCUGAAUUUUAAAAUGAAUAUUGUUAAUUGUUUCUCACUUUGGUGAAUAAAACAGUACUCUGGUUAUAUUCGUUAUUCUACCUACCCGUUACACUCAAGGAUUUCUUAUAGCCUGAUUAUCUACCGACCGUUCCGCGUUUGUGCGGAUUAUGCGUAGAAGUAUGGGUUCACAGGCAUUGCUUAAUCUUUGUCUUGGUGCCAAUGUACGUACAAGUACAACAUCACCGACACCCAUAACAGAUCCUCGGCAAACAGACCAUGGUUAUGCAUUUUCUCAAGAAGAACAUGGUGCAGUCAGUCAAUCUCAAUUGAUUCGUGCUUAUGAUUCAACCCGACGAAAACCUGAUGGCAGAUAACAUAUUACUUAACUAUGUAUAUUGAAUUAUCCAUCAUGUUGUACAUACACGUAUACAUUGACGUAUUGAUUAUGCCACAAGUAACAACCGAAUUCGAUAACUUUUCCUUUUGCUGAACAAACUGUUAUUACCUAGUGUUCCCCAUUUUUUAUGUUGCGUAUGAAUGUUGGCUUUUUUCAGCCAAAAAUAAGCAAAAACAAGAAAUAUAUACCGGGCACUAACACUUUUUGCUACUAACAAUGGCACCGAUGAUGACCAUUGUCAGUUAUGUUCAUAACUAACCAAUCAAAUCGUUUCUAAAACGCCUACCACGUCAAUCAGGCACAUGUGCAACUUCAGCGGAUCGCUUUGAUAGUGCCUACAUUCACAAGUCUUAUACGUAGAGAUGCCUCUAUCACAUGUCAUAAUCAAUAAAAAUGGGGGGGGUUACAAUUCUACCGGCAACGAUAAAUAUAUUUCAAGUAAUGACAAAGUUGUGGAAGCUACUCCACCUUACAACACAAUUCUUACCCUAGCCGACCCCAAGAGUAUUCAUGGAACUACCACUUGCGAUCUAUACUCUAACCUGCUUCAUCAUGAUACCUCUCGGUUUCCUAUUCUUUCAUUCAAUGCUCACUCUUUGUCUAAUAAAACUACUCAUCUUAAAACCCUUUCAUUCCUUAUGAAUUCAACCAAUGUACCUAUUACGGAAACGUGGUGUGAAUCAUCCAUCUUCUACCACUCAUUGCACGUCGAUAACUAUGUUUUCUUUCGAGCCGAUAGAUAUCAUGUCCGUUCAGGCAUGUGAAUUCGAGAAUGAAUGUCAUGAUGACAUAAAUGACUAGUUGGGUUGCCGUAAAUUGUGGAUCGUAAAAUUAUCUACUGGUGGUGGGAUGUAUAUCCAGGCCACCUCAUGUGGAUACCAACUUUGACGAAUUGCUAACAAACCUUUUUCAUUGCUUCGCACCAACCGCAUACGUUUAAAAUUAUCGGAGGUUAUUUUAAUCUGCCGAACAUUUCAUGGAGUUUGACUUCGGUACCAGGUCGAUAUAACAAUUUGGUUGAGACGUUAGGACCUUGUGUCUGAAAACCGGCUAGGAGGAAUAUUAUACCUGAUUUAUUAUUUACAAUCAAAAUAGACUCGAUCUCAGUGCACGUCAGUAAUGAAUUUUCUAUGAGUGAUCAUAGAGUUGUAUUGAGUAUUGUUCAUUCUCUAAACACUAUACAACUGAAUUCUAAAGCUGCAACAAUGUACCAGAGCCGGCAAUCUGGUCAACAAACCUGGAAGCGCACUGUGUGCUAUUUAUGUUGACAUCAGUAGUAUAUAACGCUAGUCAGGAAUAGAAUGUCUAGCAGCAGAAGGUUGAGAAGAUCGAGGAGGGAAGAACGAGAACAGGGUGAAUCGUAAAAGAAGUGAUAGGUGUUACGCUUGUGGAGGGAAUAGACAUUGGAAGAUAAACUGUUCAACAAGGCGAAGACGCAGAUAUUUUAGACGCUAUAACGCGUGUCCUUUCUGUCCUAGGAAUCUGGAGGUUGUUGAACUAGUAGAUAGAGUGGCAGCUUACAUAAGAGUGAACAUAAAUGAACGAGAUUUAGUGUGUCUGGUCGAUACAGGUGCAGAAGUAUCACUAAUAGGCAAAGAGCAAUGCAAAAGAUUCAAGCCAUGUACAUUAGCAGUUCACACCAUAGGAGGGCACAUGUUAGGAGUGUUGGGUGUGUCUUACAGUAUUGUAAAAGUGGGUUGUGUUGAGAUAAAUUUCCCGUUCGUAGUAACCACAAGCCUAUUGAGACCGGUAUUAGGAGCAGAUUUCCUAAAAGAAGUAAAAGCAAUAGUCGACCUAAGAAGCGGUAAGGUGGUCAAAAAGUACGGUUCAUUCCCAAUAAAUGAAAGUAGCGAAGUGGCUGAGAUAAGAUUAGCAACAGCCGUUUCGACGAAGGAGCAGAACAUUAAUGAACUGCACACAAAGCAUACGAAACUGCUCACGUGAGAUAGAGAGCUGUACGGAUUUUGUGAAGUAUGGCGAAAUCUCCAUAAGGAAAAAUCGAAUAAAUAUAUUCGCAACAUGUCGUUUCCCUGUGAAUUUAGGGGCUGAAGUAAGUAGACAAGUCCAGAUGUUGAAAUAAAGUAUAGUUUACGAAGCGAACAACCCGUACAACUCUCCAGUACUCUUGAUAAAGAAAUCGAAUGGAAACUACAGAUUCUACAUCGAAGACUCCUAUUUACACACAUCAGGCAGUUUCUUUAUUUCUUCCGAGUUGGUCAUCCAUUUCUUCAAUUUGAAACCUCUUGAUAAUAAUUCAUUUAUCUGCAUGACAAACUUUUUUGUCUGUUCACAUAUGGAUGUCAAGUAAUCAUCGUUCUUCUGGUAGAACGAGACGUAAUUACAUUAAAGUCCAUGCACGCAAGCACAAGUAUAAAGGUUCUAUAAUACCUUACCUAGCAAAUAUACUCUGUGACGAGCAGGUUGUUAGAGUUAACCUAGUCAGUAACCUGCAAUCUUAACAUAUCUCUAAUUUGAGUACUUGUACAGUUUUUCGGUUAUUUUUAACAGUUUUUGUCUUUGUCACUUUUUUUGCGCAAGUAACUUGUUGAAAUACCCUGUGCUGAGAGUUCUGUAUUGUACCAAAAUAUAAUAUUGAAUAAAGCCAUUAAUAAUAAUACAUAUAAAUAAUUCUUGUCAGCCUCUAAAAUAAAACAAUCAUAACCAGCAGAGAAUGCAUGAGCUGUCUUAUGGCAAAGUUGGCACAAUUAUGAGCCGCUUUCAGGUCUACUUUAGGGAGUCCUAGACCUACCACGACAGGCACCAGUGGCUUUAUGCUCUUCUCUAACAUUUUACGUUUCCCCACUCCAUCUGAACUGAGAUCUUUUACAUCCUUUACUAUCGAACCAGAACUGGCAUCAUUAUCAUGAUAAUUAUCCCCAUUUGAGUCUGAACCACUCUAAGCAACAAUGCAAGUGUGUUCGGGAUGCGGUUCUACCUCUCUAAAUGCAAAAUGUUGCUUCAGGAUUGGGUUGCAUCGGCAACCGAACUAAUGAUAGGGAGUGAAGUGAUUGAGUGUGUCGACCGCUUCACUUAUCUUGGAAGUCUCAUCAGCCUUUGUGGUCUGGUGUGUGACAAAAUCUCAGUACGGAUACAGAAAGCUCGACUAACUUUUGUCAACUUGCGUCAUUUAUGGCGUAGGCGAGAUAUCCGUCUAUCAACCAAAGAACGUGUUUACUGCGCAGCAGUUCGUUCCGUCCUACUAUAUAUGGCAGUGAAACAUGGCCGGUAAGAGUAGAAGAUAUUCGUAGGUUACUAGUAUUCGAUCAUAGAUAUCUUCGAAACAUUGUUCGUAUAUCCUGGGACCAUCGAGUAAUUAAUGUAGUUGUUAGGAAACGGGUAAUAGGUAAGGAUGGCAAAUCAGUUGAUGAAGUAGUGAAACUUCAUCAGUUGAGAUGGCUGGGACAUGUGUUACGUAUGCCCAACGACCGACUGCCUCGACGUGCUAUGUUCAGUGAUAUAGG